ACCUACAUCAAAAGAAAUCAUGAAGUAAAAAUUGUAAAGUUUAUUAUAUAAACGGUCGUUAUAAAAAAAGUAACAACAAUAAUGGGAGAAAAACAGCGUAGUUCAAAAAGGAACAAAAACGCUCUCAAAUAAUCAAUACAGUACAAAUCAUGAACAAAAUAUCAAGGCAUGUUGUAGAAAAACCAAACGUUGAUAAAUUAUUAAUUUUAAUACGUAUUUUUACUUGACGUUUCUAUGGUGAUGAUUUUCGGUGUUAUUUGAAAUAUCUUCGAUAUUAUCAAAUAAUGUUUUCAUUAAGUGGUAAAACUGGUAUAAUCGUCGCUGCAGCUGCAGCAUUAGUUGGUGCGGCGAGUUGGUUUAUCGGCAGGAAAUAUUGGAGAGAUGGUGAAGAGGAGAUAGAAGAAGGUGUGGUUUAUGAUAAGCAAGGUAAUACAUUUUCAUUGGAAGAACUGAAAAAGAUCAAGUUGGACAAAAUCAAAAGUAACUGCAGAGGAGUUAAAUGCCAACUUAUAGGAGACUUCAUGGAAGUGCCGAACAGGGAAAUACAGGCGAUUCUUGGCAAUAAACAAUUAGAAAAUGUUUUUUAUGCUGCUGGCCCUUUUAUAUACAAGAAUGGUGGUUUGCCUGCAGUGCAUAAAGCACUGGAAGACUAUGGAGAUGUCGUGGAGCGGACCAAAUGGUAUGCAUCUGCAGUCAAGGCAGGAAUAAACCCCUAUUCGUGAGCAAACAGUGCCUGCAGUAUCUUUUGGCUUAAAUCAAAUUUUUGUUUUAUAUUUUUGAAUAAAUUAUAGAAAUUAAA